AUGGCCACCCUCACCAUGACUCCCUCUCGCCAACCCUUUGCGAGCCUGGAUACCCCGAGGAUGAACACCUUGAUGCGGUCUAAGCUGAACCGUCAAAAUCAACAAAAUGGAGCCGCCCUAUCUGCAAAGCAAUCCAUCUUCAUCGACAACUCCGAGAACAUCGACCCCAGCAGCCUGAGCUCAUCUUCCAAGCGCAAGCGCAGCUUCGAUGAUGACGAUAUCUCCAAGGGCUCCCCCAAGCCCCUCAAGUCCUCCCGCUUGUCCCUCACCCAAGACAACAAUGUCUCAUCUCGACUCUCGACACCGCUGAGACUCGUUCCCACCACUCCUCGAUCUGCUCCUCUCCUCAAGCCCGCUGGCCGGACCCCGCCACCCAAGUCAUGCAAGGCGUUCGGUCGCCGGUCGGCCAUUGCUAAAGCUCGUCCCGAGUCCAGCAAACGCGCUGUCGCUCGCCCCUUCUCUCUAGCUACCGCCCUUUCCCAAAACAAGCCCGCUGCCACUAAGCCCAAGGGGCCAGCAUCUUGGUUCUUCGAUAUCCACGUCGACUCGGAGCAGGAAGAGAUGACCAACCUCAUGCAGCACUCGACUGGUGUUCUUGAUAUCAGCGACGACGAGGGCAAGACCUCCCCAGCUGAUGGUCGCGGCAAGGAGAACGUUCCUCCUGCUGAUCUGGGCAUUGAUCUUCCUCGAUCCCGUCAGGCAACUGCCCUGGUUGCUGCGGCUGACGCCCGCAAGGCUUCAAAGAUGGAGGAGGACCGCGCGCCACUGGGCGAGCUCGCUGCUUCUGACUACUACCCUGAAGACUGCAAUGCCUUCUCUUAUACCGUUGUCUAUGACGACGAGAGCGAGAAUGGCCCCUUUAAGAAGCCCCAUGUCCUCACCCAGGCAACUAUCCUUCCUCCUGCUAUCACCACCUCUAUCGCCUCCUUGCUGGAGACCGUCACUCCUCUCAAGCCGGUAGCUGAGCCUACUGAGAACGAAUCCGAUGCAAAGAUCGACAUCUGGGAAAGCGAGAGCGCCACUGAAGAAGCGUCUCAAGUGCCUGAGGACAAGACACAGUCCUCUCCUUGA